AUGCAGUAUCCGGGGGCCGAAUGCCCCUACCUGAGAGCCUGUGGGAGUAUGGCCCUCACCCCAGCAGUGAUCAAUCAGCUCAUCAACCAGUGUUCACGCCCAUCGCCCCUCACCGCCCCUGUGGGCCCAGGCCUAGGGCCUGUCUUCUUCCUCUGGGCCUUUGGGGUCCCACCCGCACCCCCAGCCACCAUCCAGGCUCAGAGGCAGCCCCUGUGUGACAUCCCCGUAGCGGCCCCCCGAAGGCGGGAACUGAGCCGCGCGAGGCCUGCCCGGAGCUCCCAGGCUGCCCCGGGGCUCUUCCCAGGGUUCCCCGCGGCCGCGACCCCGGAGCCCCACGGAGGCCGUUGCCACUACCCGGCAGCCCGCGGCGCUCGCCCACUGGGGCGCGCCCCCUUGGGCUUCCCGUGGUAUGGCUUCGCCUGGAGUGCUCAGGUCUUCACCGCCAGUAGUGCCCUGGACGUCCUGGUGAUAGUUUUGUACUUCCUGUUGGUCCUGGGCAUCACGCUGUGGGCUAUAUUGUCAAGCAGUCGUGGGACAGUAGAAGACUUCUUCCUGGCCGGCCGAAAUCUAGCAUGGUGGCAGAUAGGUGCUUUUCUUUUUGCCUCGAACAUUGGCACUGGGCACUUUAUGGGCCUGGCUGGAAAGGGGGUGUCUUCAGGGAUUGCUGUUGGGGCCUUCGAGUGGAAUGCUCCAUUUAUGCUCUGUGUUCUUGGUUGGGUAUUUUCUCCCAUUUCCAUUAAGGCUGGGAUGAUAACAUUGCCCAAAUAUUUAAGGAAGAGGUUUGGUGGCUACCGGAUCCAGCUCCUCCUCGCUAUUCUGUACUUAUUCCUUUAUAUCUUCAGUAAGAUCUCGGUGGAGAUCUGCACUGGCGCCAUGUUCAUGAGGCUGGUUUUGGGGUUGGAUGUUUACCUGGCCACCGUAGUCUUGCUGUCAGUUACUGGCAUUUAUGCCAUCACAGGUGGUUUUGCGGCUGCAGUUUAUACUGAUAUCUUACAUGCUGGCGUUGUGGUUCUGGGCUCAGUCUUGUUAAUGGGCUAUGCCUUUAAGGAGGUAGGAGGAUACCAGGAGCUACAGCAUAAGUACAUGGAUGCUAAGCCCACCCUCAUCCGUGAAGGAAACUGGACCGCCCAGCCGGAAUGCUUCAUUCCUCGUCUGGAUUCUUUCCAUAUCUUCCGAGAUGCCACUGGAGACAUCCCCUGGCCUGGAGUCAUCUUUGGCAUCUCCACCCUCUCCUUGUACUACUGGUGCACCGACCAGAUUUUUGUCCAGGGCUGCCUGGCAGGGAAGAACAUGUCUCAUGUGAAAGGCGGCUGUGUCUUGUGUGGGUACCUGAAGCUGCUGCCCAUGUUCAGCAUAGUGAUGCCGGGGAUGAUCAGCCGCGUCCUGUACACAGAUAGAGUGGCGUGUGUUGUGCCUUCAGAGUGUGAAAAGUCCUGUGGCGCCAGAACUGGCUGCAGCCCCCUCACCUACCCUGUGCUGGUGGUGGAGCUGCUGCCCAGUGGCGUUCGAGGCUUGAUGGUGUCCGCACUCUGGGCCUCUCUCAUGUCCUCCCUGACUUCUGUUUUCAGCGGUGCCAGUGCUGUGUUCACAAUGGACAUCUACACCCAGAUACGGCCGAUGGCCACUGAAAAGGAACUCAUGCUAACAGGAAAGUUUUUUGUUAUAAUCCUACUUGCUGUCUCCAUUGCAUGGGUCCCUGCUAUACAAAUGGCACACAGGGAACAACUAUUUGAAUACAUGCAAGCAGUUUUAAGUUACCUGACGCCGCCCAUUGCUGCCAUCUUCCUGCUUGCCAUAUUUUGCAAGAGAGUCACUGAGCAGGGUGCCUUCUGGGGGCUGACUGGUGGACUUCUGAUUGGCUUCUGCCGCAUGGUGUCCGAGUUUGCCUACGGGGCCUGGAGCUGCUCGACAAACAACAGGUGCCCUCGGAUCAUCUGCGGCGUGCACUACCUCUACUUUGCCGUCAUCCUCUUCACCAUCAGUCUUUUCACCGUCGUGGGGAUCUCCUUGUUCACAGACCCGAUUCCGGAUAAACAUCUACACCGCCUCUGUUGGAGUUUAUGGAACAGCCAAGAGGAAAGGGUCUAUCUGGACAAAGACACACAAAGGAAGAGCCCCGCACCGCAGGCACAGCCAGGGACAGAGGAACUGCCCGUUGGGGGCCACGUGUGCCAGGGGCUUGUUCUGGGGGCACCUCCCAGCUCCUCUUCUCCCUCGUCCACAAUCGAGGCCGGGAGCUGCCUCUGGAAGGCCUGGGACGUGUUCUGCGGCCUGGAGCCACUGCCAGGCCCCAGACUCGCCCUGGAAGAGGCAGUCGUGCAGAAGAUGGAGUGUGGUGACACGGAAGGGACACAGCACAGUGCCACGUCUGAAGGGACAGAGAAGCGUGACAUGCUGGAAGGAACAAAGCUCCGAGACAUGCCAGAGGUGUCCCACUGGAGAAAAGUGCCCGACGUCUGCGGGUUCCUCUUGGUAUCGCUCACAGUGCUCUGCCACUUCUACUUCUCCUAG